GGCUAGGCUGGAACAUUACAUUUAAUUCUUAACAGAUACACGACAGUUUUUGAAGAUACAGUGUAAAGUUAUAGUGUAAAGGCUAGGCUGGAACAUUACGUUUGAUUCUUAACAGAUACACGACAAUUUUUGAAGAUACAGUGUAAAGUUAUAGUGUAAAGGCUAGGCUGGAACAUUACGUUUGAUUCUUAACAGAUACACGACAGUUUUUGGAGAUUCAGUGUAAAGGCAUAGUGUAAAAAUGAUAUAUAGUUUCAGUGUUCAGUGAUAGUGUACAGUGUGGUAAGGUGACAAAAUGCUGUCCAGAGGUUUUAAAUACCAGCGGUUGGACAAUGUGGAGAUCGGAGAGCCCAGUCAGGAACUGGUGGCGGUUAGAGUGCCAAUAAAUGGCAUGACAUGCCAGUCCUGCGUGCGAAGCAUAGAGGGAUCUGUGCAGGAGCUACCAGGAAUACAGCACGUGAAGGUGGAGCUGUCUGAGCACGCCGGGUACUUCAGAUAUGACCCUCGCGUGUGCUCGCUGGAGGCCAUUCGGUCGCACAUAGAAGACAUGGGGUUCGACGUUCCGCCUGACAACGCAGACGACGAAACUAAAAAACUGUUACCACGGGACAUACCGACAGAUCUCCUUAUAGACAUGUCCGCGGCGAGUGGCGACGAGAGCGAGCUGCUACUGGAAGUCAUCGGCAUGACUUGCCAGUCUUGCGUUAACUCAAUAGAAGGUGCGUUAAAAGAAACGCAAGGCGUCACCCACGCGUCGGUAGAUCUGGUCGCAGCGAGAGCCACCAUCAAGUUCCUCAAGUCCUCGCUGUCAGCUCAGGAAGUAGCCGAUGUGGUGUACAACUUGGGCUUCGACGUGACGGUGCUGCAGGUGGAUGGGAAAACUUAUGAAUCUUCGUCAGAGGGCAGAAGUGAGGAAGGGUCGGGGGAUGGUCUUAAAUCGUCACCUUCAAUUGACAGUAAGAAGAAAGCCAAUGGUGUGGUAUCAGUACCAGUUGCGACGGAAUUGUCUCGUUGUACGCUGGAAGUGCGCGGUAUGACAUGUGCCUCGUGUGUCGCUGCCAUAGAGAAGCAUUGCUCCAAGCUCUACGGCGUACAAUCUAUACUAAUAGCAUUAUUAGCGGCCAAAGCGGAAGUUCAAUACGAACCGCGUAAGAUUUCCGCCGCUGACGUGGCUAAUUCUAUAACGGAACUGGGGUUCCCUUCCGAAGUGAUCAGCGACUGCGACGGCAGCGGACAGAAGGAACUGCAAGUCACGAUAAAAGGCAUGACUUGCGCGUCGUGUGUGAAUAAAAUCGAGAAGACAGUACUUAAAUUGACCGGCGUCGCUUCCUGUGCAGUCGCCUUGACUACCUCCAGGGGUAAAAUUAAAUACAACGUGGAACAGAUAGGCCCCCGUACCAUUUGCGAGGCGAUCACCGCUCUGGGUUUCGAAGCUACCGUCCUAGGACCGCAGAACAAAGGGACAGCCAACUAUCUCGAACACAAGGAAGAGAUCCGAAAAUGGCGUACAGCCUUCCUUAUAUCGUUAAUAUUCGGUGGCCCAUGCAUGAUCGCGAUGGCCUACUUCAUGUGGGGAAUGGCCCAUGAUCACUCCCACCAUCAUGCCUACAAUGUGAUGCCUGGACUAAGUCUUGAAAACUUGGUGAUGUUUUUGCUAGCAACGCCGGUACAGUUCGUCGGUGGUUGGCAUUUCUACAAGCAGGCUUACAAAGCUCUACGUCAUGGCACUUCCAACAUGGAUGUACUUAUAUCACUAACAACUACUAUAAGUUACGCGUAUUCACUGGCUGUCGUUAUAGCAGCAAUGGCGAUGAAACAAGACGCCAGCCCCAUGACUUUCUUCGACACUCCACCCAUGCUGUUGGUCUUCGUAUCGUUAGGGAGGUGGCUGGAGCAUAUAGCCAAGGGCAAAACAUCCGAAGCUCUUUCCAAGCUGCUAUCAUUGAAAGCUACUGAAGCAAUAUUGGUGAUGAUGAACGAAGAUGGCCACGUGACCAGCGAGAAGAGCAUACCCGUAGACUUGGUGCAGAGGGGGGAUGUGCUUAAGGUCGUACCCGGCGCCAAAAUACCAGUGGAUGGAAAAGUGAUAUCUGGACAGAGCACUUGCGAUGAAUCUCUAAUCACAGGCGAAUCGAUGCCUGUGGCCAAGAAUAUAGACUCUUUAGUGAUAGGCGGCAGUAUUAACCAACACGGAGCUUUGUUGAUGCGAGCAACUCACACUGGCGAGGCGAGCACUUUGGCCCAAAUAGUGCGCCUUGUGGAAGACGCGCAGAGCAGCAAGGCGCCCGUGCAGCGGCUGGCCGACACUAUAGCCGGAUACUUUGUACCACUGGUGAUGUUUCUUUCACUCUUGACGCUUAUAUGUUGGAUCAUAAGCGGGGCCAUCAACAUACAGACUAUCAAAAACAUCACACCGGAUGCGUACUUGGGCUCGUUCUCGAACUGGGAGCUGAUAGUACAGACGGGGUUCCACUUUGCGCUGUCAGUGCUGGCCAUCGCUUGCCCGUGUGCCCUGGGUUUGGCCACGCCCACCGCUGUCAUGGUGGCCACGGGUGUGGGGGCCGAGAGGGGGCUGCUGGUCAAAGGGGCCGAACCUUUGGAGAACGCUCAUAAGGUGAAGACAGUGAUAUUCGACAAGACGGGCACAAUAACGCAAGGGCGAGCUGCAGUGGCUCAGGUGUCCUUGUUGACCAAUACUGCGGGUAGUUUGCCGCGCGUAUUGGCGUAUAUAUUGGCCGCAGAGCUCAGUUCCGAACACCCGUUGGCUGCUGCUAUAGUGAAAUGGUGCACGACAGUGUUGGGCUCGGUGCCCCUCCCCCAAGUGAUGGGGUUCGUGGCCGCGCCCGGGUGCGGCCUGCGAGCUAGGCUGAAGCAAUCACCACAACACCAGUACCAUCUGCCGGAGUUGGCUAACCUCAUCAAUAAUGCAAGCGCUGGAUCUUCGUUCCAACUGCACGGGGUGAAGGUCCAGGUCCUGGCCGGGGACGGAGACGCCGAGUGGAGAUCAGCUCAGGCGGCGCACCAACUUCACUCACUUAUCAGCACCGAACACAAUGAGGCACAGGAAACAGAGCACGUUGUGCUCAUAGGCAACCGGGAAUGGAUGUUCCGGAACGGGGUUCGAGUCCCGCGCGUGGUUAGCGACGCUUUGGCCGCAGACGAAGCAUUGGGACGCACUGCUGUAUUGGUAGCUAUUGAUGAUCAGCUUGUGUGCACAGUGGGAGUAUAUGAUGAAGUAAAGCCGGAAGCACAUCUAGCUGUGUACUGCCUCAAGAAAAUGGGCCUGGAAGUGUGCUUAUUGACCGGGGACAACAGGAAGACUGCCGUGGCCAUAGCGAGACAGGUUGGAAUUAACAAAGUGUACGCAGAAGUGCUGCCCUCCCACAAAGUGGCGAAAAUACAGAAACUGCAGGAGCAAGGGCAGAAAGUGGCGAUGGUCGGUGACGGGGUGAACGAUUCCCCCGCGCUGGCUCAGGCCGACGUGGGAAUAGCUAUAGCCAGUGGAACCGAUGUAGCUGUGGAAGCUGCUGACCUAGUACUGAUGAGGAACGAUUUAUUAGAUGUGGUAGCCUGCCUAGAGUUAUCCAGAACAACAGUACGAAGGAUACGACUCAACUUUUUGUUCGCGUCCGUCUACAACCUGCUGGGGAUUCCCCUCGCGAGUGGAGCGUUCGCGGCGUACGGACUUAAACUGCAGCCGUGGAUGGCAUCAGCUGCUAUGGCGAUGAGUUCCGUUUCAGUAGUCUGCUCAAGUUUAUUGCUCAAAACUUUCAAGAAACCCACGAUAGAAGAACUAACCACCCCCGAGUAUCUCCAAUCGAUACAUCUAGAAGACUUGGACUCUGUGUCUGUCCAUAGAGGAUUAGACGAGAGAGUGGAUGCAGACGAUAGAGGGGCAUCGCCACUCGCCAAAUUAUUCCAUCGAAGCAAAUCGAGUGACGGACGCCUUUUGCAAGAGGAGGACGACAUGAUGUCUGUCUCUUUCAUACCGAAGCGGCCGACCCGAGAAGCGCCGAGCUUGAACGGCUGAGAACGAAACUUAAGACUGCUUGAUGAUGUAAGACGGGGUUUACAGUAACGAAAAUUACUUUUUAAACGUCGCCAGUGUUGCCAGGACAUUGUAGUUGUUGGAGAUUCUUGGGGGAUCAGUGCAGAGAAAUGAGAUUUCUAUAGAUUCGCAUAGUUAUCUAUUUUAUACAUUAUAUAUCUGCAUAUAUAUUAUUUGUAAAAAGAAAUAACUUUUGUUGUGUGUAUGACACUUCAAUGAACCAAAUUAAUAAUAAUGGCCAACCGAUUCCUAACCUUUAGAUUAUCAAUUUUAUUUUAAACUGCCCACUAAAAUAGUUUCUUAUUUAUUGUACUAGAUCUUCCAGAAAUAACCUAAAGGAAACGUUUAAUAAUAAUUUAUUAUUUUUAUGUAAAUAGGACGACAAGGAAGCGUAUUAUAUCCCGGCUGAUGGUAAGCGACCACCAUGAUGACGUUUGGUAUUUGACUAUAACGCUUGUCAAAUACCAAACGCGCUUUUUCUUCCCUAAAAAUGUGUUAUUUUGCUCGACCUUACUUAAAGAGGAUAUUUCUGAGGCUCCAAAUUCUUAUAUAGUAAGUUUAGUCAUCAAAAUAGUAUGCGAAUCAUGUAGGGACCCCAAAAGGCCUAUUUAUCAUGGCAUCUCAAGAAUUUAUCAGAGAGAAGUGUCAAUGUGUGACAAAAAAUAUGUCUUUCCCCAACUAUGGAAUGAAAGGCGCGAGAAUUCCCAAGUGUUUUUGUGAUAAAUAUCAAAGUUGUAGUGUAUAUGGCUAUCAAUUUGAUCUUCCAUAAUGCUAAGUUAUUAUGCGUAUUACUUGUAUUUUUUUCUAAUAAAUGGAAGUGUGAAUUUUAAUGCAGAUUGCAUUAUUGAAGUUUUUUAUGGAAGCUGACUCAGUAUAUUUGUAGCCAAAUACUCAAUACAUAUUUUGCUACAAAUCAAUUCAAUAUACAUUAAACAUGGAGCACCCCCACUAGAGUCCGCAUCACACAAAUUUUGUUUGGAAUCAAAAUCGCCAAAGUCGGUGGGGUGCAGGGAGGUCAGCCCCGCUGUGAUUGGACGCGUCAAGGUCAGAUCAUAUACUCAGUGCAGCGAAAUGAUGAGGGUAAGAUCGAUUUUAGAAAAUAUCGAUAUUUUCUAUCGAUAAACAAUUUAGAAUAGAGGCCUAGUACUUUGGUGCGCAAAUGCGUAAUCAUACCCUCUCCACUUUCUUACAGCGUUCUAAUUACAUGACGCGACUAGUAACUACAUAUAAUUUAAUAUAUAAGCAACACAAAAAAAAACACGUCCAGGACAAGAAGUAUUAAUGCAACGAUAUUAACUACCCUAGAUACAACAACACGAACGAAAUCGUGGCCGAAACGUGUCCAAAAGGUACAUCGGACGAUCCACAGAGGUCCGUAAGAUGAUCGCAUGGUCAAAAACAAUAUAAUGCCUUAUUUAAACAUUGAAAGUCACCUUUAAUGCAUACGGCAUAAGGUCUUAAUUAAAAUGCAUGCGUCAAGUUCGUAAAAUUUUACAUAUAACACUAUUAUAUGUGAAAGAAUAUAGACCUUAUUUUUUUUUACUUUUCACGCGCAAUUCUGAAUGCGCUGUUAACAAUAUAGCAGGUACAGACCGCGAAGAAAAGAGAUGGCUAAGGGCGACGUAUAACCGACCAUGCAUUUGAAUAUCACAAAUAUUUUAAAUUAAAUCAGUUUAUAGUAAGUAUUACAACAAUAAAAUUUGCUUUAAAGGCGUUAAUUAAAAAAUAUUAAUUAGAUACCCGUCGAAAAAACGACACUUACGUAACUAUUAGUAUUUUUCUGCAUUUUUUCACGGAACUCUUUGGCAUAUUGACUUUUCAACGGUCCGCGUGUGACUGUGUACUAAGAAGUGCUUGAGUGGAGUUCAA